AUGUAUCGUCUGCUCGUUCUUCUUCCUUUCGUCUCAUGUCUAUCCCAAGCGGCAUGCAAGCCACCAUGUCGAUUUGCACCCCUCUAUACUAGCAAGGAGAUCGUCAAAGAUCCACGACCCUUCAUUGAAGAUGUACUCUACUGGGAAGGCCACUUUGCCCAGCCAGGCAUCGGCUACAAUGCCGCCAAUGAGAUGACCUACGACGGCACGCUCUUGGACCAGAAGACUGGCCUCGCAUCCGCGUAUGGCGCCGGUCGACACAACUUCAGUGCCGCGAGCAAGGAGUCGCUUCAUGUUAUGGUGCUCGCUAAAGCCCUGGCUGGUGAUGCCAAUGCUGCGAGAUUCAUUUCGCCAGGCUCUCCCUCCGCUGCUCCGGACAAAGCUUAUAAGAUAAUGAAGCAGAAGCUCGCCACGUACCUUGCUUUCAACGAGACGUAUCCCGGCUUCGGCGGUCUGCUGCCCUGGUACAACAAUACCUACGCCGCCAUUGAACCGACGAGUGACUGGAUUAAUCGAAUACCUGUUCUUGACAAUGGCGAACUGCUCUGUGCUGUCUACGGAGCUGUACACGACCUUCAGAGGAGUUCGAGACCACAUCAUCGAAAGCUCGGGGACCAGUGGCAAGACUGGCUGGACUAUGCUAGUGUCAAUGUGGCAAAGAUGUUCUAUCACGGCAAAGGCAAGGUCUGCGCAGUUGCAAACCUCAAGCAAGCACUCUCACCCACCGACGCGAAGCAAAAUUAUUCCUGCGAAGGCACCGGUGUCCUCGACGAUCCGUACGAAGGCGAGCUCUUCACGUGGUGGCCCUAUUUCUUCGACGGCCUCGACGAAUACUACAAACACGGUAUCGGCCCCAUCACUGUGCAGAAGGGCUUCUGGUUCUCUUCUCACGAGCAGUGGAAAGUGCUUGAGAUGCCUUAUUACGACGUCGAUCUCGUUAAGCGGUUGUACACUAACGCGGAACGAGCGAGGACUUGCAACAGCGCUGCUCGUCAAGUGCCUGGAGAGUAUGCUUCUGUGAACAAUGUCACCGACACUUAUGGGGAGAUCAUUGGCUAUAUCUCCAACGCCGGUAUCCCAAGUAUCGCGAACCAAACAGAGCAGGGGCUGGACGUCGUGACACCUUACGCCGUCUUUCCGACCUUGCUUGUGGAAGGGAAGAGGGACAGAGCAGUAGGUAUGACUUGGUGGCGGAACAUGGUCACGGGAAAGAAGAUGCAGAAUCCGUACGGUAGCACGGAGUCUGAACGUCUUGACGGUACGGCUGUUUCGAGUUUCGUGAGCUGGGAUAGCAAGAUCACGACUGUCGCUGCUCUGCUUGGGGAUGUUGUGGAUGAGGUAAGACAGAAGAUGAAGGUGGACGGAAUAUAUGAGGAGUUUUUGCGAGUGACUGAGGUAGGUGUCUGCUUGUGUCUGAACGAGACGAGGGCUGAUUGA